CCGCUGGGUGGCGCUUUACACCAGAUGAACACAAACAUAAGCCUAUUGCACUUUUCUAAUACGGCUAUGAGUUUAAACUGUAUUUAAUCUAUAAUGGAUGUCGUUAUUUAUCUCGUAGCAGCAGCUAUUUUAGUUGUUCUGAUAACAUUCGCCGUGAAAAUCCGUUCACGUACAGCGGAAGUAGCUGACCAUGAAGACCAUCAGAAUGUCAUUGCACGGGUUGCAGCACCACCACGAAUGGCAGAGGAUCGUGGGGCGGGAAUGCCACGCCGUCGCCGAGGCCUUGACAGGAUGGUGGCACAGAGACGUGCACAGCGAGACGCUGUCGAAAUUGAAAACAUUGCGGUAGAGGUAGAUGAGGAGGAGGAGGAGGAUGAAAGACCCCAGGCUGAAGAGAGACCUCAGGCUACAGGGAAGGUGGGCGCAAAGAAGCAGAGGAAGUUGGAGGAAAAGCAAGCCAGGAGAGCGCAGAGAGAGGCGGAGAUGGAGGAGCGAGAGGAGAGGAAGCGCAUACAGGAGCUGAGAGAGCAGGAGAGAAAGAAAGAAGAAGAGAAAGAGCGGCUGAAGGAACAGAAAGAGGAGGAGGAGCAGCGUCAUGCUAAGGAGGAACAGGAGAGGAAAGAGGAAGAGGAGUAUCAGAAACUGAAAACGUCCUUUAUCGUCGAGGAGCAGGGUGAAGCAGAGGAGCUGACAGAACAGGAGUCUCGCAACCUGCUUCAAGAGUUUAUCCAGUAUGUGAAGGACACUAAAGUGGUGCUGUUAGAGGACUUGGCAUCGCAUUUUGAAAUGCGCACUCAGGAUGCCAUCACCAGACUGCAGGACCUGAUAGCAGAAGGUUCAGUUACAGGAGUGAUUGACGACAGAGGGAAGUUUAUCUUCAUCACUCCGGAGGAGAUGAACGCCGUGGCCCAGUUUAUCAAACAGAGAGGAAGAGUCUCCAUAUCUGAACUCGUGCAAGCCAGUAACAUGCUCAUCAACCUGAGUUCUGAGAUAAAUACAACGUCCUGAAUACACUCACACACAUCAUAUAUAUAUAUAUACUGUAUAUGCACACAGACACACACAAAAUCAUCAGUGUUAACAAACACUGGGCGCAUCUCGGACUACACUGAUAACAUUUGUGCCAGCCGUACUAUUUCUUUUUUUUUUUUUUUCCCUCAAUAAAACUGGACUGAACAAUG